AUGCAACUUAAUAGUAUAUGGGCAACUACUGCUGUAUUACUAUCGACAUUUGUUACCAUGUUUUCAGUACAGCCGGUGGGAACAAUGAUGAACAAUAUGAAUAAUGAGAAUCAAAUCUUAAUCAAACCAGAGGGUUUACCUUCACCACUUCCACACAAUGAAAUUCCUAACAUAAUCGACACACAAGAGAGUCCCGAAAGUCAAGUCUUACAAUUCAUAAAAAGUGGUGUAAGUACUCUUGGCGAAGGGGCUAAGGAUGCCGUCGUCUAUACUGCAACUAAGUCAACAGAAGUCGUGAAGACUUCAUACAACUUUGUUGCAAACAAGACUUCGACAUUAAUUGGGUCUCUUAAGACUUGGUGGAGUGAAACUAAAAUAGUUACUCCAAAGGUUGAUAACUUAGACGAUAUCCCCAAACCAAACGAACAGGUGAAAGAAGACGAAGUUAUUGGUACUAUAGAAAAUGAAACGGCGGAAUUCAUCGAUGACCACCAAAUGCCAGAUGACCAUUUGGAAAUCCAAGUGGAUGACCAUCACGAUGUUCCAGUCGAGAUACCACACACUCAUAUUGAAGAACCGAUCCCAAUUACAAUACCAACUCCACAAGAAAAAGAGGAAGAAGUGAUUCAAGAAAUACCACAAGAAAAGCCACAAGACGUUAAACCAUCAAUUACCCAUGAAGAGAAUCAAUUAGUUCCAACAAUUGUGAAAGUCUUACACGACCUUUGGAACGACAUUUCCAAAUUUGCGGUGUAUGUGUUACGUUCCAUUGCGCGCUUUAUUCUUUACGUGUAUAAAAAUGUUAGACAUGUAUUUGUUGAUGAGUAUAACACAUGGUUACAACAUACAGUCAAUGCAUUGGACGAGAAGUAUCAAGUGAAAGAGUACCAGGGCGAUGUUGACGAUUUCUUGAAAAGGACGGGCCUGUAUUCCAUUGUUGAGACGUAUGGGAGUGCCAUGGUAAGUUUGGGGGUUGCCCUAAUCUUCUCAUUGGCUGUGUUCUUGUUUUGCUUUGCGUGGAAAAUGAUAUAA